AUGGGCCUGGGCAAGACGGUGCAGCUGGCGGUGUUUUUGGCGGGCCUGCACCACAGCGGCCGCUUCCGGCCCUCCAUCAUCGUGUGCCCUGCCACCGUGUUGCGCCAGUGGCUGCGUGAGCUGCGCCUGUGGUACCCGCCCUUCCGCGUCAUAGUCCUGCAUGAGUCCCAGCGCUCCGGCAACGCCCCCCGGCCCUCCCGCCAGAAGCUGGUGCAGCUGGUGAAGAACAGUCAGGCCGGCAUCCUUCUGACGUCGUACGACCAGCUGCGGCUGCAGCGCUCAGAGCUGCUGGCCGUCAACUGGGGCUACGCCAUUCUGGACGAAGGCCACAAGAUCCGCAACCCAGACGCCGAGAUAACACUGGUGGCAAAGCAGCUGGCGACGGUGCACCGCAUCAUCAUGUCGGGGUCGCCGAUCCAGAAUCACCUGACGGAGCUGUGGAGCCUGUUCGACUUUGUGUUCCCCGGCAAGCUGGGUACGCUGCCGGUCUUCCGCGCGCAGUUUGCACUGCCCAUCCAGAUUGGCGGCUACGCCAAUGCCUCCGCCAUGCAGGUGUCGACGGCGUUCAAGUGCGCGGUGGUGCUGCGGGACUUGAUCGCGCCAUACCUGCUGCGGCGGCGCAAGGCUGAUGUGGCGCAGCAGCUGCCCAAGAAGACGGAGCAGGUGCUGUUUUGCUCGCUGACCACCGACCAGCGCGACCUCUACCGCUCCUACCUCGCCUCCGACGAAGUCCAGGACAUCCUCAAUGACCGGCGCAAUGCUCUGGCAGGCAUCGACAUCCUGCGCAAGAUCUGCAACCACCCAGACCUGCUGCAGCGGCGCCAGUGGGAGAGUACUGAGAAGUAUGGGGACCCCGUCCGCUCCGGCAAACUCGUUGUUGCCCUCAAGGUGCUGCAGCACUGGAAGCAGCAGGGCCACAAGGCGCUGUUCUUCACGCAGACGCAGCAGAUGCUGGACAUCGUCGAGCGCGCUGUGCAGGCCGCAGGCUUCAGGUAUCACAGGAUGGAUGGCUCCACAGCGGUGGGGGCGCGUGCUCGGCUGGUGGACGAUUUCAACGGCAACGAGCAGGUCUUUGUGUUCCUGCUGACCACCAAGGUCGGCGGCCUCGGCAUCAACCUCACCGGCGCCGACAGGGUGCUGCUGUAUGACCCAGACUGGAACCCGAGCACGGACAUGCAGGCGCGGGAGCGGGCGUGGCGCAUCGGGCAGAAGCGCGAGGUGACCAUCUACCGCCUGAUCACCAGCGGCACCAUCGAGGAGAAGGUCUACCACCGCCAGAUCUACAAACAGUUCCUCACCGAAAAGGUGCUGCAGGACCCAAAGCAGAAGCGCUUCUUCAAGAGCAAGGACAUCCACGACCUCUUCACGCUGGGCGACCAGUACGCGGGCGCCUCUGAGACCGCCCACAUCUUCUCCUCCCUCCACGGCGGCCUCGAAGUGCCCCUCGACCCCGAUUCGGUCGCCGUCCCCGCUGAGGCAGCCGGCCCUGCAGGCGAGGUGGAUGACGCGAAGAUACUGAGGGAUUUGUUCGAGGGGACGGGAGUGAUGAGCGCGCUGGACCACUCCAAGAUCGAGGGCGCCAACAACCCCGAGGCUCUCAACAUCGAUGCACAGGCCGCCCGCAUCGCCCGCCGCGCCGCUGCCGCGCUGCGCCAGUCACGCGCCGCCUGCGUGACUGCGCCGGUCAACCAGCCGACGUGGACAGGCAGGUCCGGCGGCAGCGGGGCGCCGCGCUUCGGGGCGACGUCCAACCAGCGGCUGGCGCGCGGCGCCUUGUCCGAGCCCGGCAGCUCGGAGGCGGCCCCGGCCGACGCUGGUGCCGGCGAGGUGCGUCGGGGCACCGCCGGGCUCGCCCGAUUUGGCGGCGGCCAGGCCGGCACCACGGGCGGGCUCGCGCCGAGCAGCUCCGUGCUUCUGGCGCGGCUGCGCGAGCGGCAGGCGGCCGUCAGUGCAGCCGCCUCGUCCGCCGCGCGCAACGACCCUGAGGUUGAGGAGGCGCACGAGCUGAGUCAGCGCAUUGUGGCGUACCUGGAGGAGGCAGGCGGCCAGGCGGACAGCCAUGCGGUCAUUCAGCAUUUCGCGCCGAGCCUGCCUGCAGCCAAAGCCCCGCUCUUCCGGCAGCUCCUGCAGCAGGUGGCCAGCCUGCGGCGCAAUCCGUCUGCUGGCAAGAUAUGGGUGCUGCGUCCUGAUUUUGUGACGGAUCGGUGA